CUGAGCGGCGCGCGCAGGCGCCGUGGGCGCGCCUCGCCGUUUACGGGCGAGUGAGAAAUCGAUACGUUUGAAAUUUCGCUCACGGUUUUCACGCAUCAUCCCCCGCCGCGUUCGAUCCGGCCCGGCGGCGUUCGUCGCAGCUUCGAGGUUCUUGGAAGUUUCUUCUCCUUGAUUCGCUUUGCCACCGCCGCGAGCCUCGUUGGUCUCUUUCGCUUGUCGCGACCGGGAGAUGUGACUUACGUAUUCUCCGUUGCCUCUCAAAUCGUCGGGAUCUCAAACUCACACCUCGCAUCUCAUGCGGAAGGCUAAGAGGAACUAUGAACGGGCACGUUACGUCAAAAUAGUCGAGCGCGAGUCUAACCAGCGGUGCGCCGAGGGGAGAGCCACGCGGGAAAGAUGAAAACGAUCUGGGUGAUUGGCGGGCCAGGAUGCGGCAAGGGCACGCAGUGCGAUCGUAUGAUCGAGAAAUACGGACUCCUUCACCUGAGCAGCGGCGACUUGCUGCGGGCAGAAGUCGCCAGUGGUAGCGAGAGAGGCACCUCGCUCCAGGAGCUCAUGUCCAAAGGAUUAUUUGUACCAACGGUAUACAGUCCUGAGGAAAAAAAGAAGAUACGCGUGAAUUUUGUCCAUGAUAUAGUGCUGGAGCUUAUAAAGGAGAAGAUGGAUAAUGCUCGUGAGGAAGGUGUCACUAAAACUGGCUUCCUUAUCGAUGGAUAUCCUCGUGAGAAGGAGCAAGGCAUUCUCUUCGAGGAAAAGGUUUGCCCCGUCGACUUGAUUCUCUUCUUCGAUGUAGCGAACGAAACCUUGAAGAAGAGGCUUCUUGGACGUGCAGCUGUUUCUCAAAGAGCAGAUGACAAUGAAGAGACAAUCAAAAAGAGAAUCGAAAUAUUUAACUCAAAGAAUAAUGAAAUUGUUGAACAUUAUAAAGAUAAAGUUGUCAGAAUUAACGCGGAAGGUACAGUGGACGAAAUAUUCACAAAAGUGACGAAAGCAUUGGACACUUUAUUAGCAUAAUUUGUUAGAUUAAUUUCACCAAAGAGGAACUUGCGUGGCAAACAUCAUCGUGAGUUCAAUGCUGGAUCCUCACUAGAGUUACUCUAGAUGAUAUUAAGCAUACUUCUUAUGUAUCUGAACGAAAUAUAUAUGCAGGCAAAUUGAGUAUCUUCAAUUGUUGAUUGUUGAAUAAAACUAUACUUACACGCAACCAA